AGUCGCCCUCCUGCCUUUCGUUUCAUCGUCGUUCAAACAGCGCUUCAGACAAACUCUGUGCCACAGAUAUGUCCGUCCGUGCGUCGCGUUGACGCCAUCCUCGCGGUAACGGAUCGUCGCUGGUGUUGUCUUCCCUUCCGGUACCGGCGCGUCCUCCUCAAGGUCGCCUCCUGAUACCCUGCGCGACACGCGUUUUGUUUCUGUCAUUCUGGAAUAACACCUGGCGCGGAUAAGACGACGACCGCCACGUGGAGUGCUUGUGCUUUGUUUUCAUUCAACGUUACUGAAUUUCAAGUGAUCAAGCAGCAAUUUACAAUUUGUUGGCCACUGAUAAAUACAUUAUCUUCCAGCAUUUGGAUACCUUCGGAUCAUCGCAAAAGAAUACAUUUUUCAAAGUAUUUCUAGAACCGAUAAUAAUUGAAGAAGGUAAUAUUUAUUGGAAAGAUAAUUAAUUAAAGAGAAGUGAGAAUUGAUAAAAUAAUUAUGACGAUGGUUGGAGUAAAGGAUAUCAAAAGUUUCUGAAUUAGAAGGAAUUCAAUACCAGAAGAGGAAAAGGAAUUUGAUUGAUAGGCUGUCAGUGAGUUAAGCCUUGGUACCGGAACGUCGCGUUUUCGCGUUCUCCAGUUGCUCCCUUCCUCAACGUGGUCGGCUGCUAUUAUUGCAGUGCUGCCUAAAUAUAGGUGAGAGCGUAUGCUUGACGCAAAUCGAAAACAGAACCUGUAAACGUGCGUUCGAAAUUUUUAUUCUCAACGUAUCUGGAUCUUGAGCGGUUUCGUUUCUGUCAGUGUUCAACGAUCGACGCGAUGAAGGGAUCGAUACAAUGGCUGCUGGUCUCGAUCUACGCUCUAGGUGUGACAGAUGCAUACUAUCUUCAAAAUGAAAUUAUGGAUCCACCGCUCAACUAUAAUGGAGCAAAACGAUCCCACUGUCCAGCAGUGAUACAUAAACAACCCGCCAACAGACAAGACACUUCAUUAAGGUUAAAACAAUUAAGAUCGGAAAUGAGUCGAGUAGCUUCCGUGCAAGGACCACCUCUUGAUGGCUACAUCGUUACUUCCGAUGAUGCACAUCAGAGCGCUUCGUUGGAUCCCCGUGAUAUGAGGCGAGAAUUCAUCACUGGAUUCUACGGUAGUGCCGGAGAAGCUGUUAUUACCUUUGACAAAGCUGUACUUUGGACUGAUGGGAGGUAUCACAUUCAGGCAGACCAUCAGCUUGACUGCAAUUGGAUACUGAUGAAACGUGGCAGAGGAGAAGUCCCUUCCAUAACGGAAUGGUUGAAGCACCAGUUCCAAAGUCGAGCGAUCGCGCGUAUUGGCGCUGAUCCAACGCUCGUCUCUGCCAUCGACUGGGAAAUGUGGGAAGAUGAAUUAGCAAAUUCGUCCGUGAGAUUGGUUCCUGUCCAUAACAACCUGGUGGACUUGAUCUGGCAGGUCGGUCGACCGAAUUACAAUACACAUCCGGCGUAUCCGUUGCAAGACAAGUAUUCCGGAAGAGCCUGGCAGGACAAGAUUCAAUCAGUUCGGGAUGAAAUGGAAAUUUCUGGAGCCGAUGCACUGGUCCUUACCGCUCUCGACGAGAUAGCAUGGCUUUUCAAUAUUCGUGGAUACGAUUUGCCGAACACCCCUGUUCUUAGAGCUUAUGCGGUUAUCACAUUGGGAUCGAUACAUUUGUUUGCGCCAAAGCACAAGAUCCCAAUGUCUGUUGAUGUACAUUUGAAAAUGGAUGUAUGCACCCACGCGAAUUGCGUGAAAUGGCAUAAUUACACGUCCAUUUGGUACGAUUUGCGAACCAUGUCCCAAGCCUGGAACAUAGUAUGGCUGCCAACACGAUGUGCCUAUAGUCCAGGUGCUUCCAUGGAAAUAUUUAAUUCUAUCCCACCGGAAAAACGAUUGCCAAAACCAUCCCCGGUAUUAAGUCUAAGAGCCGAAAAGAACGAGGUCGAAGCUGAAGGGAUGAGAAGGUCUCACCUAAGGGAUGGAAUAGCGAUGUGCGAUUUUCUCGCUUACAUGGAGGAACAAUACGAAUUAAAUUCGGAUGGUUGGGAUGAGAUGCAGGUAGCCAGGCUGGCGAAUGAGUUUCGUUACGAACAAGACAAAAAUAAAGGCAUAUCUUUCCCAACCAUUGCUGGAUAUGGACCUCAUGCUGCCAUCCCUCAUUAUGAACCCAACAAUCUCACUAAUAUUAAAAUUGGAACAACGUCCACAUUGGUGGUUGAUUCUGGAGGACAGUAUCUAGAUGGGACGACGGAUAUCACGAGGACUCUCCAUUUUGGUACACCAACGGAGGAACAGAGGAAGGCAUACACAAGGGUGUUAAUUGGUGCAAUACAAUUGUCGUCUUUGAUUUUUCCAAACAGCUUGAAGUCUAAUCAAUUGGACAUUGUUGCAAGAGCACCAUUGUGGAACGUUGGAUACGACUACCUGCAUGGAACUGGCCAUGGGAUAGGGCACUUCCUGUCUGUCCAUGAAUCACCCAUUGGUGUGUCCUACAUGCAAGUUCCAUCAUCAGAUAAAGUGUGUGGACCAGUGGAAUUGAAACCAGGAUUCUUCUUGUCCAAUGAGCCAGGAUACUACAAAGAAGGAGAUUUCGGUGUGCGUUUAGAAAAUGUCCUCGAAAUUGUGGAAGCAGGCAAAUCAAAGAACUCUGAAACUUUUUUAAAAUUCAGAGACAUCACCCUGGUUCCAUAUGAGCCAAAAUUAAUUGACAUUAGUAUGUUAAACCCAUCUCAUAGACGAUGGUUAAAUAAUUAUAAUCGUCGAAUUAGAGAGGAAGUUGGUCCAGAAUUAAAAAGGCGAUUAAAAAUGAAUGCCUUCGAUUGGAUGCUGACGAAAACUGCAACCAUUCCAGAGUUGAGUCCGGUCGAUGAAGGACUGUUUUUCGGCCAUUCUCACUCAACACCUUCCACUUUUAAACAGUUCCAUGUAUUAGUUGUUAUUGUUUUCAUUUAUCAUAUGUUAUUUAGUAAGUAUACAAAUAUUAUUUAUAAUUCAACCACCCUUUUCGAAUUUUGUUAUAUUGUCAAUCUUCCAGGUAUACGGAGUUAAUUAAAGGUAAGGAAGAUUUGUAAAAAUCUAGUGAACAAUCCUUACUAUAGCGAAAUUAAAAAAUUAUUUGCGAAGAAAGCAAACAUCUGUAUCUAAAUUAAUAAUUGUAUGUUGAAAUUUCCUUUCUCUUUUUAGUGCUACUGCCAAUUUAGUAUACUUGUUUCAGUAUCAUGGUUUAUUUUAAUAAAAGGUAGGAUAUAAAGAGAAAUAACAAAUUGAAAAGUCUUAUGAGUAUCGAAAAUUUAAGUAAAUGCAUAAACAAUUGUAUUUUGUAAAUAAACGU